AUGGCAGAGGACAUGGUUCAAACUAAAAAGGCUAUUAAGCCCACGAAGGUAUUGCCUGCUGGGCACGAUGGGCUUCCCAAGCGGCUACAGAAAAUCUAUGCAAAGAACGCACAGAAGUCCCGGCUACUCGAUCUACCACCCGAGCUUCGGACUCGGGUUUGGAGCUUCGUCCUCUGCGGCCACACCAUCCAUUUGCCAGGAUACCAGAACGGACCUCGACACCAAAUCUGCAAAUGCGACACCCCAGACUCCGAACUUCUAGAACGACUGCGUGCGCAAAUUCACGUGAAGGACCUUUACCCGGAGAGGGAUCUCUACGCAAAAUGCCAUGCCGACUGCACUCCCGGCCGCGGCGCCCAUUACGAUAGCGGCCGCAGACUAUCAACAGCGAUCCUGCAGGUCUGCCGACAGAUCCAUGAAGAAGCCGCGCUUCUGCCUUUCCAUGGCAACAUCUUCGCUGCUGCUAGUCUUACCUCACUGGCCUCUUUUGCCCAACAUCUGCUUAUGGAACAAGCUCGCGCUAUCGUUGAGAUCGUCAUUUACACCCACGAAACAUAUGACCCAAACACCAAGACAAUGGCGAAGACCUUGGUGACCAGGUUGCGAGGGGUGGAGAAGCUGACGAUCUUCAAGCCUGCUAGAGACGCAUAUAGGUACUCGAGCCUUAGUGGCGUCGACAUGGUUAUGGAGCGGCAGCACCUAGCGAACUGUCUGAAGGAGAUUCAAAUCGCGGAUGUCAAGAUCGUAGCUUACGAUGUCGAUUAUCGGCGACGCGGGGUCCGUGAUUGGGGCAUGUCCAUGCUGGAGCUGCGCGAGUGGGAAGCUGGUGUUGAGAAGGCGUUUCACGAUGCGUGCUACUGGGGUGAAGAUGCUUGA